AUGGAAGGGAUUGAAGGAGAGAGCAGCAACCAGGGUUCAGGAAGCAGCAGCAGCAAGUACACUCUUCAACCCUCUCGAAUCAACAAUGAAGAUAUCCUAUUCUGUGUGGAUAUUGAUCCUCAAUCCAUGGCUGAGAUGAAGGGUGCUACUGGACCUAAUGGAAGACCCCUCACCCGUUUAGAUGCCAUCAAACAAGCCAUCGUUCUCUUUGUCAACGCCAAACUCACCAUCAAUCCUCAGCAUCGGUUUGCUUUUGCUACUCUCUCCAGUUCUGUCUCAUGGUUGAAGAAAGAGUUUAGCAGUGAAGUUGAGUCAACUAUUGCAGCAAUGCGAGGGCUUACAGCUACUAGAUCUAGCAGUCAACCAGACCUUACUACUUUGUUUCGACUUGCUACUCAUGAAUCUAAAAAAUCCCGUAUGCAGGAUCGCAUAUUAAGAGUGAUUUUAUUCUACUGCCGAUCAAACGUGCGCCCGCAGCAUCAGUGGCCUGUGAACCAUAAGCUAUUCACUUUGGAUGUCAUGUACCUUCAUGACAAACCCGGACCUGACAAUUGCCCCCAGGAGGUGUAUGAUGCAUUAGUGGAAACUCUUGAACAUGUUACUGAAUACGAGGGUUAUAUCUGGGAGAGUGGACAAGGGUUAGCUAGGGUUCUUUUCCGUCAUGUGUUAAUUCUAUUGUCGCAUCCUCAACAGCGUUGUAUCCAAGAUAAUGUUGACAUCCCUAAAUUGCUCACUAAGAAAGCUCCGCAGGCGGAACCAAUGGCUAUUGAAGAUGCUGCUCCAAUUCCAGGAUCCAGCCAGUGA